AUGCAUCCUCCGACGUGCUGGGGUCUCCUGAAUGCUCUUGUUCCGGACAAGAUCCCUGCUGAUAUCCCUCUGAUCGGUGUGCAAUGCGAGUGUUUGCUGCUCAACAAUCUAGUCGAAGUUACUAUCAAACAGCGAUAUAAGAAUACAUCUGCCAAUCCCAUCCAAGCGAUCUAUGUUUUCCCCGUGGACGAUGAGGCUGCUGUCAACGGAUUUACCGCACAUCUUGGCCAGCGUACCGUUCGUGGAGUGAUUGAGGAGCGCAAAGAGGCACGCCAAGCUUAUGAUGCGGCGUUGGCGGAGGGCCAUGGAGCUGCUCUCUUAGAAGCUGCUGGAUCUGGUGCGUUGAAGGUCCAGUUGGGAAACCUGGAGGCUGGCAACGAAGCUGAGAUCUGCAUCGUGUAUAGCAGCUUGUGCAGUAUCGAGGAGAAUGCAGUUGUGCUCCGUAUUGCCACAACUAUCAAAGAACGGUACAUGCCAGCAUCAGCUUGGGAGACUUUGCAAACGGAAUGUCAGCCAACAUACCGGCGUAGUGAUGUAGACUAUGGUUUGAGUUUGCAUGUAGACAUGCACAUGCCAAGUAAGAUAGUGAGUGUGUCCUCGUCCACACAUCCACUGAAUGUUAGGAAUGAUGCUGAGGAUCUGCAUCACUGCACUGCCAAGUUGGGAGUGGAGAAAGUGGCCAUGGAUGGUGACGUGAUUAUCCGAGUGGAGCAUUCUGACUUGCACAAGCCUGCUGUAGUCUUGUCCAGUCAGGCUGAUGUUGACCAAGGCAGCGCCGCGCUAAUGCUGACAUUCAUGCCAGAGUUUGAGGAUUCCAUGAGCGAGCAAGCUGAGGACCUGGAGUUUGUAUUCUUGGUGGAUCGCAGUGGAUCGAUGGGGUGUGGAGGAGGAGUGUCAACUCCUAUCAGGCAAUGUCGAGAUGCUCUUCAGCUUUUCCUGAGAAGUUUGCCCGAAGGCUGUGCAUUCAAUAUCGUUGGCUUCGGGAGUCGCUAUGAGAAACUGUUUGAAGAAAGUCGCGUGUACGACUCCAAGAGUCUAGCAGACGCAGCCACCUACGUCUCAAAACUGGACAGCAACAUGGGAGGUACGGAAAUUCUCACUCCAUUAAGGGACAUCCUGACAAGAACAAGCUCCAAGCCCAGUCAUGGGUUAUUGUCCAAAAUGAGGGCCUGGGUUGCAGGUAAAGAUGAACAUCGACAUCGCAAGCUGUUCUUACUAACGGAUGGUUCUGUGGUCAACACUGCCGAGAUUAUUCGUACUGUCAAGGACCAUGCUCAGAGUACACGGGUAUUCACAUUUGGUGUCGGCGAUGGAGCUGCUACUGACCUUGUUCGUGGUGUGGCUCGUGCUGGUCGAGGAGAAGCCUGCUUCAUUCGCAACGGAGAGCCCAUCGAUGAGAAAGUGAUCAGUCAGCUGUCAAAGUCCAUGGAGCCAACACUGGAAGAGCUGGACAUAGACUGGGGAAUACUUCAGGUGAAAGAGCAGUCUCCAGCCAAGAAGGAUCUUGCACCAAUCUUCAACAACACACCAUACAUUGUGUUUGCACUUCUUUCCAAGGACAGUCAACACCAAGGUCAAGUCACAUUGAAAGGCAAGAUGAGCAAGAAAGCGGUCACGUUCACCGUGGAUGUGACGCCAUGGACAACAAGUCGAACGGAUUAG